AGUGAUGGAAAGUGACUAAAUUAUGAAUGGAAGAACCAGAUGAAGAGAAAUAUCUGGAAUUUCUAAGUGGAUUUCUGAAACAAGGAGAAAAAAGAAGAAUGGAAUUCAUAGUCACACACAAUGGGAUUUAAGUACCCUUACCAGAAUGCCAUUAAUGCUAGAUUCAUUAAUUCAUAAACUGCACACAUAUUACAUAUGUGUUAAUAGUGCUAGUAAGAAAAUAAUAAACUAGAAUAAUAACUAGAAUUUCACUCAACAAAAUAGCUAGUUUUCUAUAUUGGGACAGGUGUCAACUUAGCUACUGCCCUAACUCAAGCAUCCAACCUGGAUAAGUUAUAAAAAUUACUGUUCAGGGUGUAACUAUUCAUACAGGAUUUAUACCUUUCGUAUAAGGUUGUAAACAUAACUUUUAAUAUUAUUUAGUUGAGCAUUUUAACAUGUGAUUAUCUGUCAUGUCGAGCAGUGUGACAAGGAGAAUAGAACCCCAAAGCAGGACUCCAUAAGCAGUCGUAAAUUAAAAUGUCUUUUAUUGCUGAGUCCAAAAACAACAGAGCAAUAAUCCUUCCUGGAAAACAAGGCUAUAAAUCUAGAACAUAGAAUGUUCCUGGCAAAAUGUGUAAUAAACAAACACACCCCCACACAGGAAAUGGACGAUCUGACAAAGAACUGAUGAGAGCACAGACAAUACAUACACACUAGGUAAUGAGACAAUGGGAAACAGCUGGGAGGAAAACACAGGAAGAAAAACUAAACCCAAAGCCCAAGGACCAAGACAUACCAAAGUAAAACAGGAAUUGGAAACACAAACCCAGACUAAGACACAUGAACCUGACACAUGGACGAGGGCAGGCACAAAUACAAGACACCAGCACAAACUGAAACACAAAAUUAACCCGCAACCAAAACAUAAGCCAGGUUUCAAAACCAGAAGCCCAAGAGAAAAAAAACCUAAUACAUCAACAGAACACCGAGGAACAAAAAAACACAAAGUGUUGGGCAAACAGCCCAGGACCAUGACAGAAGAUUGUGACAUGGGCGUUGCUGCAGGCUCUGAUGCGGGCACCGCUGAUGGAGCUGCAGACAUUGAAGGCUCUAGCAGUGCAGGUGAGGAUGACCGUGGCAGUUGGAGCACUGAAAAGUGAUGAGACGGGGUGUGCCUCCCUCAGUCAAAAAGUGAAGGUCCGUAUUCUUUUCACCACAGAUACUUGUUCAGCACGCAAGGUACCGUCUUACAACACCGUAGAACUAGACAGAACAUAUUAAAAGGAAAUGAAUCAAUAUAAAUUGUCUACAAAAUACGACUGAAAUGUAUCAAAAUAAACUAUUACAAUCAUACCACUUUUGCCCGCUUGUGAGCUAAGAGAGGGGUUCGUUCUUCAAAGUUCUUGUCUUGUAACUCAGAAAGUUCAUUUGAGCGAUCUGUCUUGUUAGCGCUGACAGGAAGUGACAUACAGAUCGUGCACACUUAAGAGCAAAUAACUAAAAUUGUAAGCUUAUCUAUCCAUAAGACUUGGUUACUUCUUGUGAUAUAAUCAAACACAAACCUUUUAAAAUAAAUUAAACUUAACAAUAGUAAAUUUAACGCAUGACACUAAGACUCUUUGGUGCCACACAGUGGUCACUGACAAACACUACUCAAUUCAAACAGGAUGCCUAUAGCGGCAGAUACGCAGGGUGCUGGAGCUGCAGGAGCUGAUGGAGGCUCCGGCAAAAACAAGCAGGAAGCAGUGGCUGACUUUAAAGGCUCUGGUGCAGACGCUACUGAAGGCUCCCACUCUGAGGGAACAGAACAGGUGCAGCAGUGUGCCUGUUCACAGCCACUCCCUCCGGCUUCUGAUGUGGGCACUGCAUUCACCAGGAAUUGUACUCUUUUCCAUCUCUUUUGAAGGUUUCAACUUGCUGAGAGGGACUGAUUUGUGCUGCACCAACGACUUCUCCUGCAGGCUGAUCCCAAAUGUGGUACUUGUGUGUUAUCUUCUUCUCGCGGAGUUCUGUGCGCCAAUUUGCCAUCUUAAUCUGGGCCUCCACUCAAGCUGUGAAGUGUUCUACUGUGCCUCCCUCACAAAGCGAAGGAUGCCUAUAGCGGCAGAUACACAGGGUGCUGGAGCUGCAGGUGCUGAUGGAGGCUCCGGCAAAAACAAGCAGGAAGCAGUGGCUGACUUUAAAGGCUCUGGUGCAGACGCUGUUGAAGGCUCCCACUCUGAGGGAACAGAACAGGUGCAGGAGUGGGCCUGUCCACAGCCACUCCUUCUGGCCUCUGAUGUGGGCGCUGCUGCAGACUCUGAUGCGGGCGCCACUGAAGACUCUGUUACUCCUUGAGGCUUGGUUGCCCCCACCUCAGAAAAAAAUAAGGGUGGGGGAGUGAGUCUCAGCUACUCCCACCUGUAGAGCAGAUACAGGUACAGGUACGGACCGGUCCUUAGCCAUCUCCAUCCGAGGGAAGAGAACGGGUACAGGAGUGGGCCUGUCCUCAACCACUCCCACUCUGAUCCGGAUACCGCUGCUGAAGACAGAUGGAGGCGCUGCUGCAGAUGCUGAAGACACAGACAGAGGUGCUGCUACAGAUGCAGAAGACAGAAGAGGAAACUGGGGCCACUCUGCAGGGUGCACCUUUGGAUGAAGUCAUAUUUGGAAAAUAGAAUUCAGUGUGUAUCUAUCAGUGGUAUCAAAUCUCCUUACCUUGACUGUAAAGUUGGAGUACCUCAAGAGUCCAUACUUGGACCACUUUUAUUUUCUUUAUACAUUAAUGACUUACCAAAUAUUUGUUCAGAUGUCAAUACUCAGUUGUGUGCAGAUGAUGCUGUUAUUUUUACACAAGCAAGGACUGAUAUGGAGGUUUCGAAAAAAUUGACAAAAGCUAUGAAUUGUAUUCAAGUGUGGCUUACCAGGUCAUGUCUACUGUUUAAUUUAAAGAAAACUGUUUGUAUUAAAUUCUCAAAAUGACCACAAUCAAGAAUAUCUUCAAAUGUUUUCUUGGAAGAAGAAGAACUUCAGAUUGUAAAUAAAGUUAAAUAUUUUGGUGUUACGAUAGAUUCUACUUUAUCAUUUAAGAAUCAUGUUAAAAAUAUAUCUAAGAUCAUUAAAUUUAACUUACACAAUUUUAAGCAAAUCAGAUCAUCACUGCUGGAAAAUGCAGCCAAAAUGUUUCUCUAUUCUAUGAUUUUUUUCUCAUAUGGGAUACUGUUUUACUAACUGGUCAUUGCCAAGUGGUACUAUUUUAAAAUCAACACAAUCUUUAUUUAAGAAGUCUUUAAAAGUGUUAGAAAGAAAGCCUCUUUCAUUUCAUCAUUGUCCUAUACUUCAGAAAUAUAACAUUUUAAGUUUUGAAAAUUUUAAAAAUUCAGAUUUUCUUGUUCUAUUUAUAAAAUUUUACACAGCCUUGCUCCACCUUCAUUGGGUGGGUUCAUCAUGCCAAAAUCAAAUCUUAGUGGUAGAUUAACUAGAGCCUCUAUUAAAUGGUAAACAGACUAGUUCUUAUAUAGCACUUUUCUACUCAGUCAGAGCACUCAUACAACACGUUUUACAUUUACCCCUGCACACCCAUUCAUACAAGCACUUCCAUAUUAAUUAAGCUAAGUGCUUUAAUUAUCUAACAUUCACACUCUGUAGUAGCCAGGAAUCGAACCCCUGACCUUCCAAUGAGUAGGUGACCUGCUCUACCUACUGAGCUACACUGUGCAGAAGUGAGCCUGUCCUUGGCUUCUCCCACCCGUAGAGCAGAUAUGGGUGCAGGGACAGACUGGUCCUUAUUAGCUGUCCCCACCUGAGGGAACAGAACGGGUGCAGGAGUGGGUCUGCAAGGAGUCUAACAGCCAAGGAAAGCCAGUAACCGGUCCUUAGAGCUUGGCAGCAAUGGCUUCCUGGCAUGGGUCAGACAACCACUCAUAACAUAUUGUGUCUACAGAAUGAAUAAUAAUGAAUAAUAAUUCAGAGCUAUAGAAUCCAUUACAUGAUGGUAUGAACCAUAACAAUUAUCUAUAAAAAUUGACUCAACCUUGCAGUGCCUAUCUGAACUGCUUUUGGCAUUUCUUUGUUGGCUUCAUUUUUUUUUUUUUUAGCUGUGGAGUUUUUUGAUUUGUGUUAUAAAGUGUAUUAGAAAAAUAGACUUCUCAGGAAUAAUUUGAUCUUACUUAGUCACAACCAACAGAUAGGUGUCAUAAGGUGAAAUCUGAAAAUUCAUUGUUUUCUUUCAACAGUUAUAACAUUAUUUUCUUUUCAGGGUGAGACAUAAGUGUGAGUAUUGUUGUUAGUAAAGUGAUCAGGCUUAACUUAAUGGAUCCUGUGUAAUUUAAAUAUAUAUA